CGUUUCGCCGCGCCGUCGCACGCAAACCGACUGUGUAAUAUGUGUGUAAUGUUUGUUGCGCCAACAUAAAUAGGUAGUUCUUGGCCGGCGGGUUCUGUUGUUGUGCGAGUUGUAAAAAAAAAGCAAACGUGGCCUGGCCGACAAACGCGUUCGCUCAUUAAAUGUCAGCGUUAUAACAACGACACGAUGGCUACGCGCUUGCUGCUACUUCUGGCUGUUCUGCAGGUUGUGCACUUCGGCACCGCCACGGAAUUAACCUUCGAGUUACCCGACAGUGCGAAGGAGUGUUUUCACGAGGAAGUGCCGAAAAACACGUCGGUUACACUAGAAUUUCAGGUUGUUACUGGUGGACAAUAUGAUGUGGAUGUAACAUUAGAAGAUCCAAGGAAAACAAUCAUCUAUCAACAAGUGAAAACUCAGUUUGAUUCUUACACUUUUGUGGCAAACAUUACAGGAGUGUAUGUUGUGUGCUUCAGUAAUGAGUUUUCAACAUUUUCACACAAACUAGUCUAUAUGGAUCUGCAAGUGGGCGAAGAACAGCCUCUUCCUGGUCUUGGGGAACAUGUAACUGCGCUUACACAGAUGGAAACAUCCGCGCAGGAUAUUCACAAAGCGCUGAACACGAUCCUCGACUUCCAGACGCAUCACCGACUGCGCGAGGCGCAGGGUCGUAAGCGUGCCGAGGACCUGAACGAAAAAGUGUUUUUCUGGGCUGUUAUCGAGACGCUCGCCAUCUUGUUCUCCGCGAUUGGGCAGGUGUUCAUUCUGCGAAUGUUCUUCAGCGACAAGAAGUCCGUCUCACCGUAUUAACAAUAACAACUUACAAUCUUAAGCCAAUUUUCACCUCAGUAAUGACACGGGGGACAAACGCGGAGCAAAGUGGAAACGAAAUAAACUUACAUUUUGCUAUUGUUAGGUAAAUUAUCUCGUUUUAGUAAAUCAAAAUUGCGUGCGUGCUAAACUGUACAUUUUCCAUGGUCGUCGCCCACAUGAAUAAAUGGUCAUCGUUUUAAAAA